AUGAUCAAGAAAAAGCAUCGUUCAUUCGGAAAUGCCGAUUUAGUCCAACCAACAAAUCAUUAUUUAUCGCGAAAUGAGAAAGUAGUACCAUCGUCAUCAAUGGGCAAAUUUCUAAGUAAUCGUAUGCGUGAUUCGAUCUAUUAUACGCGAUCAUCAUCGCCACCAGAAAAACACAUACUUUAUGAUAGUAUUGAACAUGAAGCAGAAGACUUUGACGAGGCCGAUUAUGUAGCAACACCCGAACCUCCACUAAACGAUAAUUUUAAUUCUUAUCAUCGACGUCCUCUAUUUACGCCAUCAUCUACAUCUUCGAAUACUGACUCUUAUUUCACGCGUGCAUCACCCGAUAUCAAAAAAUUUUCGCGUCACGUCGAACUGUCAUCUGGCUACAAUAUAUUAAAGAGCAAUAAUCAAAAUAAACCACUUAGAUUACCAGCUUACCUUCAAGGUCGAGCUCCAUUAGUCCAAAUAAAUACUAUUCGUCAUCAAUUGCCAAUGCCAUCACUUGACGACGAAGAAUUCCAAGUUGACGGUCUUCAUCGACGGCGAUUAUCAUUCAACAGUCAAACGAACAGUCUUCUUAAUUCAACAUCACUCUACAGUAACAAAAAUAAAUUCCAUUAUAAUAGCGACGGAUCACAGCGUCCAUUUUCUAGUGAUAGUCCUGUACCACCUCUGACGCAAUUUACGCGAGUUUUCGACAACACUAUUUCAUCAGCACCUCCCGUUCACAAUCGUUCAAUAUUACCGUCUACUCAUUAUCAUGAGGGUAAUAGUUCGACAGAAACAAAUUUACAACAACAAUUAUCAGUUACUAACCAUAAUCUUCCAUUUGAACCAUUGAAAUUUUCUCCUCCAUUUGCCGUUAAUAUUACUGAUCACAAUGAAGAAAAUAAUUCUAUUGCUGCCCUAAAUCGAGAAUUACGUGCUGCUGCAUAUCCAUCAAAUCAUAGACAAUCAUCCUCAUCACCUACGCGUGAGUCAAUAACAAUAACUACAAAUAUUUCAGCAUCACCGCCAACGUCAAGAUAUUCUACACGUAAUCAAACAAAACGAAGUAUACCACGUUCCUUGCCAAAAUUAAAUGAUCAGAAUUCGAGAAAAGUAAAUCAUUAUUCUUAUACAUCGUUUGAAACAAACGAUGAGAAAAAUGAUGAUUUACUGCAAAGUUCAUCAUCGGCAGCAUUACUUGAUCAAUUUUUCUCGCUCAAUGUUCCACCAACACAACAGGAACGAUCACAAUUAUUAAAUAUAACAGGUAGUGAACAGUCUGAAUCAAUACUCAAUAAAACAACACCAGAGUUGAGUAUUUCAGCAGUGGAUGAUCUUACAACGUCGACGACAACAACGAGAACAUUCCUUUCUAAGUAUUUACUUUUAGCUCCGAUAACAACAACAACAUCACAACAAAUGAAUGUCACAAUCGAUCAAAACAUUUAUUCAAACUUGAAACUUGAUGAGGUUGCUGAGAAUAAUAUUAUUGACGUAAAACAAGACGAACAUCAACAGCAGCAACAUGUUUUGAAUUAUACUAAUGAGAUUGAUACGAAUCAAACAGUCGAUGCCUUAAACGAAGAUUAUCGAUUUGAUAUGAAUUUAUCUAUGACAUCUAUGUUGAACAAUGAUCGAUCAAAUCAUAAUGACUUGACUAGUAUCGUAGACGAUAAUAGUGAUAAUGUAACAAAUAGUAAUUACGAUUAUGUAUCGUUAAAUCAGGAGCAGCAACAUUCGAUAAUUGACAUGCCGUUACUUGAAUUAGAUGAAUUAGAGACAGCAUCAGAUAUAAGUGAAUCUCAAUUAGUACCGAUUGUCUAUGCGAAAGACUUAGCAAAUGAAAUAGCUUUAUUACAACAAGCACAUCAGGCAAACCAACAACAAAAACGUGAGCAAAGAGAAGCUCGAUUAUUAUUACAUCAGCAAGAUGAAGAUGAUCGAAUGAACGAUAAUAACAGUGUACCACCACCAGCAAAUAUUGAAUUACUCAAUUUUGAUACGUUAGAUGACGAAUUACUCAUAAAACACGAAUGCGUUAAUGCAAUUCCAAUAGCUACAACAACACUAACAACUGUUCCCAACGUUUUGUAUAAAAAUACUAUUGAUGACACAAUCAGUAACUACAACGAAAAUAGUUCUGUUAAUAAUACAGAAAUGGAUAUCUCUAUAAGCUCGACUCCACCACUUAUUCUAACAACUACUUCAAAUGUAAAUUCUUCAUGUUUAUGGUAUCGAUUACCAACAGAAUUAUGGUUUAAAGUAUUGCCGUAUUUAAAUCAAAAUGAAUUUACUAAUUUUUCUCUUGCUUGUAAGAGAUUUUAUUUAUUAGUUCAAGAUCAAGCAUGUCAACAUCGUACGAUACUUUAUCGAAAAUCUAUAAUUAAACAAGAGUGGUUGCAUACUAUUGCAAGACGUAAACCGAUGGCAUUAGCAUUUAUUGAGUGUAGACAACAAAAUCUUGAACAAGAAAAAGACUCAACGCAAACCAGAUUAAAUGCUUGUGUAAAUAUAACCUGGUCAAGCUUAACAUCCAUAAGUCAACAUGUGAAAUCGUUAAAACAUUUGAAUAUACGACAAUGUAUCGGAUUAAAACAUCAAUUAAAUGAUGAUAACUUAAAUUGUUUUCAAUAUUGGUCAAAUAUGGAAUAUUUAGAUUUAAGUCAAUUAUUAUCAUUAACUGACAAUGAUAUAUUGAAAAUAACGACAAAUUGUAAAGAUUUGAAACAUCUUUAUUUAGAUGGUUGUAUUAAUUUAACAAGUCAAACAUUGUAUACGAUAGGAAAUAAUUUAUAUUUAACAUUGGAAUCAAUUAGUCUAGAAAAUUGCAUAAAUAUACAACAUAAUGAUGCCUAUUUGUUUCUGAUUCGACAAUGUUCUAAUUUACAUUUUAUAAAUUUAUCAUUGACAUGUGUUAAUGAUUCAUAUAUUUAUUCGUGGACAGAUCAAAAUGAAAAUAAUUUAAAUAAAUUAGAAAUAUUAUUAUUAAAUUUUACCAAAUGUACAAUGGAUGGAAUUAAAAUAAUAUUAGAUUCAUGUAAAAAUUUGAAACAAAUUAAUCUUACUGGUAUAAUUAAUCAAUUAGUACAACAAAAUGAAUUAAAAGACAAAUAUGAAAAUAUUAAAUUUAUUUUUCAGGCACCAACACACUAG